AUGGAUGAAGGGAAGAAAAAAAGCAAAAGUAGAAAACAUAUAACUUCUUUAGAUGAAGAGAAAUUAUUUGAUAACAUUUCAAAAGAUGAUUGUGGUAUAAUAAAAAAGUUUACAUUAGGAGUAUGUGCUAUGGAAAGCAAAGUUGAGAGUGCUCCAAUGGAAUGUAUCUUAAAGCGUUUAGCAAAGAGUGGUGAUUUCCAUAUAAUAAAAUUUAAAGAGGAUAUGAUAUUAAAUCAUGAUAUAGAUUGUUGGCCUAUUGUAGAUUGUUUGAUAGCUUUUUAUUCUACUGGUUUUCCUUUAAAGAAGGCUAUUGAAUAUGUAAAGAAAUACAAGCCUAUAACAUUAAAUAAUUUAGAAAAGCAGAUGAUAUUACGAUCAAGAUUACAAAUAUAUGAGGAAUUAAAAAAAUGGAGAGUACCUCAUGCUAAUUACGUUGUUGUAGAUCAUGAUACAGUAAAAAGAGGAGAACAUAUAUUUGAAGAGUAUUAUGAUUAUAUAGUGUAUGAUAAUAUAAGAUUAAAUAAACCAUUUAUUGAAAAACCAAUAAAUGCUGAUAAUCAUAACAAUUGGAUAUAUUAUCCAAAGAAUACAGGAGGUGGUUGUAAAAAAUUAUUUCGUAAAAUUAAGGAUAGGAGUAGUGAAUAUUGUCCAGAAAUACAUAAAGUUCGAACUAAUGGUACAUAUAUAUAUGAAGAAUUUUUAUCUACCUUUGGUACAGAUAUUAAAGUAUAUACUGUAGGUCAAAUGUUUGCACAUGCAGAAGCAAGAAAAUCUCCAGCUUUAGAUGGAAAAGUAUGUAGAACAUCUGAUGGAAAAGAAGUUAGAUAUGCUGUUAUUUUAUCAGAAGCUGAAAAAAUUAUAGCAUAUAGAAUAGUUGAAGCUUUUCAACAAACCGUUUGUGGUUUUGAUAUCUUAAGAACUACUAUGGGUCCAUUUGUUUGUGAUGUCAAUGGAUGGUCCUUUGUCAAAGGUAAUAUAAAAUAUUAUAAUGAUUGUGCUCAUAUAUUAAGAGCAAUGUUUCUAGCCAAAUUAGAAGAAAAAUAUAAUAUUAUUCCAAGAGAUUUAGCUGAUAAUUGGUAUAAUAUCGAAAAUGAAGAAGAAGUAUUAAGAAAAACAUUUAGACAACCAGAUGAUUUACACUGUUCACAUCAUGAAGAAUUAUGUUCUGUAAUUAUUGUUAUGAGACAUGGAGAUAGAAAACCAAAACAAAAAAUGAAAUUUUUUACAACCAAACCAUUAAUUCUUGAUUAUUUUAAUUCAGAAGAAAAUCUAUAUAAUGUUAUAUCAAAUAGAUAUGCUCAUGAUGAUACCAUUAAAAUAAAUAAUAAUGAAUUACAUACAACUAAUUAUAAUACACAAGAUGUUCUAAAAUAUAAUGCUAAACUUGAUCAUGCCACUAAUCAAUAUCAAGGUACACAUAAAAAUCAUUCUAAUAGUAAGACAUUUAAUUAUAAUUGUGAAAACAAUUGUUCAAGUAAAUGUAACGGUCAUAUAAAUGAUACACAAAAGGAUAUAAAAAUACCAUGUGCUCAUCAUGAAUCCCUUUGUAAUAAUUCAACUAACACAAAUAAGGAAAAUAUAAAUGAAAAUAAUAAAUCAUGUGAGAAUAAUAAAUCAUGUGAGAAUAGCAAAUCAUGUGAGAAUAAUAAAUCAUGUGAGAAUAGCAAAUCAUGUGAGAAUAAUAAAUCAUGUGAGAAUAGCAAAUCAUGUGAAAACAAUAACGAUAAUCAAAACAACUGUACAUGUAAUGAUAAAAAUAAACCCAUUAAAGAUCUUAAUAAUCAAGAUAAAACAGAUACCUUUCUCCUAUCAGAUAACAAAACGAUGAAUGAAAAAAAUUCCUCAAAUAAUAAAAAUAUAAACCCAGAUACAUGCAACACAUCUACACAAACAGAUGAAGUCAAACAAGCCAAUUUGUAUAAAUCUUAUACCAAAAAAGAAAUAAAGUUUAAAUCACCAGAAGAGUUAGAGGACCUUUUCCUAAGAAAUAAUGUUAUAUUGAAUGAUAUAGAAAAGGAAUUUAAACUAAUAAAAGAGCAACUUUAUAAUAUCCAACAAAAAUUGGAAAAGGAUGAUAUUAAUGAAAAGAAUGGACAAAAAUUAGAUGCACCUAGUAAAAAGGAGGAUUUGACUAGGUCCACCAUGAAAGAUAAAGAUAAUGAAAAUGUGGAUGAUAAAAAGGAAAUCCCCCAUAGGAAGAAAUUGGGCCAUGAUCAUGAUGAAAAUAAUAAUAAUACAAGCGGUAUAUGUAAUGAUACAAGCGGUACAUGUAAUAAUACAAGCAGUACAUGUAAUAAUAAUAAUACAAGCGGUAUAUGUAAUGAUAACACUUGUAAUAAUAAUACUUGUAAUAGUAGUUGUAGUAAUAUAAAAUUAAAUGUCCAUUGUAAGAAUAAACCUAGCGAAGAGGAAAGGUGCACCACAUGUUCAGGAGAGGAUGCACUUAAUUUAAUGACAAAAGAAGAAUUAGAAAUAAAAAGAGGAGAAUACGAAGUGAUGAUUGAAAAUCAUAAAACAUUACAAAAAAUAUUAGAAAGAGGUGAUGGUUUUACAGGUAUAAAUAGAAAGAUACAAUUAAAGCCUGUAGAUUUUAUUAUUGUAAACGAUAAAGUUAUAGUUACUAAAAUACUUGUUGUUGCUAAAUGGGGAGGUGAAUUAACAAGAAUGGGAAGAAGACAAUCGGAAAAUUUGGGUAAACGCUUUAGAGCUACUUUAUAUCCGGGUGAUUCAGAUGGUUUAUUAAGGUUACAUUCAACAUUUAGACAUGAUUUUAAAAUUUUUACUUCAGAUGAAGGUAGAUGUCAAAUAACAUCUGCUGCAUUUACAAAAGGGUUUUUAGAUUUAGAUGGAGAAUUAACACCGAUUUUAGUAGCUAUGGUUAUAAGGAAUUCUAAAGCACAUAGUUUAUUAGAUGAUAAUAAUCCAUGUUUAGAAAGAUCAGAAUGUAAAGAAUAUAUUGAUGAGAUAUUAAAUAAAAAUAAUGAUAUCGAUGAAGAUUUAUUAAAAAAGUUAACACCUGGAAAAAAUGCGAGAGGAUUUAGAGAAUCAUUAAGAAAAAUAUCUAAUUUUUAUGAAUUAAUGGAUAAGGUUAGAACAACAAUAUAUGAAUUUUUAAAAAGUUUAAAUCAAGAAGUACAGAAAUGGUUAAAUUUAUUUCCAUAUGAUGAAUAUGCUUUAUAUGUUAUUGACAUAUUACAUGAGAUACAAGUUAGAUGGAAAUCCUUAACAAAAAUGUGGUAUAAAAAAAAUAAAAAUAAAUAUGAUACUUCAAAAAUUCCAGAUAUUGUUGAUAAUGUACGCUUUGAUUUAAUACAUCAUCAUUCAUAUCUAGGUAGUGGUUUAGAUAAAGCUUUUGAAAUAUAUAAUCAAAUUGAACCACUAGCCAAUUUUAUCUCACAAGCGGAAUAUGGUAUUACACCUCAAGACAAAGUCAAAAUUGGUGUGCACAUUGUAGGAAAAUUAUUAAGAAAAUUAAUACAUGAUGUAACAUAUUAUAGAGAUGAAGAAGAAAGAAAUAAAAAAAAUAACAAAGGAAAUAAUGUUCUCAAAAAUGCUCUACAUAUUUCAUAUAUGAAUCCAUUUUAUUUUAAAAAAACGGACGAAUUACAAAAAAAGGAUAAAGACCAACAUCAAAGAGAUACAUCUAAAAAUUUUAAUAUGUGUAAAUAUGAUACCAAGCAAAAUUUUCUGGACAAUUUCCUAUUCAAAAGGGAUAGCAAUGAAAUCAAUAAGAAACUUGAAACGAAUAAUAAAAGCAAUAUAAUAAAUGAUAAAGCUGAUAUGUUAUAUAAUGCAAAUGAUAAAAAGGAAAAAACAAUAAAUGACGUUGUGGAGGAAACGACUGUACAAAAUAUACAUGAUGAAAAAGGUGAUAACAUGUAUAAAUAUGAGCACGGGAAAAAUAAGGAGGAUACAAUCAAACCUGUAGAUAUAAAUAUAAAUAUAAAUGGUGACAACAAUAUAAAUGGUGACAACAAUAUAAAUGGUGACAACAAUAUAAAUGGUGAAAACAAUAUAAAUGGUGAAAACAAUAUAAAUGGUGAAAACAAUAUAAAUGGUGAAAACAAUAUAAAUGGUGAAAACAAUAUAAAUGGUGAAAACAAUAUAAAUGGUGAAAACAAUAUAAAUGGUGACAACAAUAUAAAUGGUGACAACAAAAAAAAUGGUGACAAUAAUAAUAAUAAUAUGGAAGAGGGGGAUGAGACAAAGGAAUUGGUUAUUGAAAAAGAAGAAAAAACCUUUAAUAAUGAAAAAAAUAAACAUUUAGAUAAAUCCUAUUUAAGAUGUGCUAGUAUAUGUUCAGAAAAUUGUAAAAGAAAUUUAAUAACACAAAAUGAAUAUCAAAGAAAAGACAAGUUAGAAAAAUGUUCUUCGUUAACGGAAAAAUAUGUACCAGAUAUAUCUACGAAUAUAAUAAAGAAUAGAAAAGAAUGUAUAUGUAAAAAUAAUUUAUAUGAUAAUGAAAAAAAAAACAAUUCAUUAUAUAGAUGUGAUGAUUUAAUAUGUAAUAUGAAAUAUUCAGAAACGAUUAAUGGAACCAAUUCAGAACCUAGUAAUUCUAAACGAGUGUUAAAUAAGGCCUUGUGUAUAGGAGGAUACAGCAAUAGUAUUAAUAACAAUAAUGUAAACGGUAAUCAUAAAAAUAUUAACGAUGAUAAUAAUAUAAACGAUAAUAAUAUAAACGAUAAUAAUAUAAACGAUAAUAAUAUAAACGAUAAUAAUAUAAACGAUAAUAAUAAUAACAAUAAUAAUAAUAAUAAUAAUAAUAAUUAUUGUAACAAUAAUUAUAAUAACAAUUCAACAUCAACAUUUUUAGAUACCAAUAUAGGAGAAAGUUAUAACGAACUAAAAAAUUAUAAAAGCACCGUUACCUAUAAUACUAAUGUUAAAGAUAUAUAUACCCCCAAAUUAAUCAACAAAAAAGAAGCCUUAGUUAUUAACUCCUCAGAUUUAUGGGCACACCAAAAUAAAUAUAGAAAGGAAAAUAAUGAGAAACAAAAAAUGAAAAAAAUAAAAAAUAUGAUAGAUAAUGAUUUCAAUGAAAAAAAAGAAGAUUCUAAUGAUCGAGGUGUCUCAUAUAAGUAUAGUGAAAAUUUUUUAAAAAAAGAAAGUGGUUCCUAUUUUAUGAGAACGGUAGAAGAUUCUGAUAAAAGACAUAAAACAAAAAUUGAUGAAGAUCAAAUGGAUUCUACUUCUAAUGUACAUGAAAAAACAAAAGAAUUAAAAAAUAGCGGAAGUUUAGAAAAUAAAGAAAAUAAGGAAAAUAAACAAAAUAAACAAAAUAAACAAAAUAAAGAAUAUACACAAUAUACACAAUAUACACAAAAUAAACAAAAUAAAGAAUAUAAUGAUAAACAUGGGGACAAUUUAAUAAAUGAUGUUAAAGGAGAUCAUAUGAAAGGUACCAAUGUGGAUGAAGAAGAUAAAGAAAAAACUAAAAAUGGAUGCAGUGAGUUAGAUACAAAUAAUAUAAAAGAAGAUACAGAUGUAAAUAUAAAUGGAAAAGAAAAUCCAAAUGAUGAAAAUGUAAAUGGUCAAGUCGAUGUUGAAGCUGAGGCUGAUGCCGAGGCUGACAUUGAUGUGGAUGAAGAUGAAGAAGAACAUGAACAUGAUGACGAUGAAGAUAUAAUUCGAUUAAAAGAAACAGAUGCUAGAAGGUUAGGUAUAAGGUCACCUUGGAGAAUGGUAAGGUCACGAUAUUAUGUAACAUCAGCAUCUCAUAUGAUAUCAUUAUUAAAUAUUUUAAUACAUGCUAAAAAAGCAGAUAAUACUAUAAGUCAAAAUAUUAUAGAUAAUGAUUCAUUUAAAAGUGUAAGUGAUGUUACAGAUUUGCAUUACUUAUCACAUCUAGUUUUUAGAGUAUGGGAAAGAAAACAUCUCAAGAGAGAUGAUAGUAAUAGAUUCCGUAUAGAAAUAUUAUUUAGCUCAGGGGCAAAAGAUGGAUUUGGUCAAAAUUAUGAAUUGUUAGAAAAGGAUGCAAAGGCUCAACAACAAAAAUAUGAAAGGCAUUUUAAUAAAUAUUUUGAUGAUACCAAGAGGAUUAAUGCAGACAAGAGUUUAGGUGCAACAACAGGAGGGGUAAAUGCUGCUGAUACGCAAAAUGGUACCACGAAAAGUACAGGUAAUAAUAGUGUGAUAGAUACGCAAAAUGGUACCACGAAAAGUACAGGUAAUAAUAGUGUGAUAGAUACGCAAAAUGGUACCACGAAAAGUACAGGUAAUAAUAGUGUGAUAGAUACGCAAAAUGGUACCACGAAAAGUACAGGUAAUAAUAGUGUGAUAGAUACGCAAAAUGGUACCACGAAACGUACAGGUAAUAAUAGUGUGAUAGAAACAGGAAAUGUGCAGGAGAAUUACAAAAAUAUGAAUAACCAUUUAAAUAAUAAUAAUAAUUUAGAAGAGGGUGAUACUAAUAGAAGUCAUGUCCCAGCGGAGGAAUACAUAAAUAGGACUACCACUAGAGAAAAUGAAAAUGUGAAGAACAAGAAUAACUCUAAUAAUAUGAAGGAUAUAAAUAGGAAUGGUACAAAAAUUGGUGACACAUGUGAAGAAAAAUAUGAGGUGGAAAAUUUAGAAAAUAAGGAUAAGUCUAUUAUAAAUGACAAGAAUAAUAUAAAUUGUGUAAUUACUACAAAUAAUUGUUAUAGCGAUAGAGAGGAAAAAGGAAAUUUUGUUUCAGCAGAAGGGGUAUCUAAUAAUAGCAUUAUAAAUAAGAAAGAAAUUAGAAUAGAACACGAUAAGAAUAUAAGGAGUGGACAUUUUUCUAAUAGUGUUGAUGAAAUAAUAUUAAAUAAUAAUAAAAAAAAGAAUACUAUGAAUUUGAAUAUUUUAAAUAAAGAAAUAAAAAAGAGUAGUUUACAUAGUAUUUCUAAUAGUUCUGUAAAUCCUUUUGUUUUUGAUUCUUUGAAUGUUUUUAGAAGAGAGAAUGAAGGGAAAUCACCUCAUAUAAUAAAUUAUAAUAAAAGAGAAGCUUCCUAUGGUUUUGGAUGUUUGAAUGAAAAAAAAAUGGAUUCUAUUAAUAAUAAUUUAAGUAGAGCAGGUAGUUAUAUGGUUAGAUCAAUAAGUUCAAAUUUAAGAAAAAAAAGUAAACAAAAAGAUAUUUUAAAAUUAGAUUAUGACAAAAAAGAAAAAGAAGAUAUAACAAAAGAAAAUCUUUUAACAUAUGAAAAUGAAUAUAUUAAUAAUAGUUCGAAUGAAAUAAAUAGUAAAUCAUAUCGAAGUUAUUCAUGUAUUAGCGACAGAUCAUAUUAUAGAAAUAAAAAAGAAUUCGAGAUAGGAAAUGAGGAACAUAAUAGGAAAAAUAAGUUAAAUGCUUUUAAUCAUAUCAUGGAUAAUGAUAAAUUAAAGAAUCAGUUCAUAAGAAAGCAUACAUUAGAAAUUAAUCAUAUCGAUAAUAAUGAUAAUAAUAAUGAGAAUAAUAAUAAUAAUAAUAAUAAUGAGAAUAAUAAUAAUAAUAUUAGCAAUAAUAAUAAUAAUAUUAGCAAUAAUAAUAAUAAUAAUAUUAGCAAUAAUAAUAAUAAUAGUAGUAAUAAUAAUAAUAAUAAUUGUAGCAAUAAUAAUAAUAGUAGUAGUAAUAAUAAUAAUAGUAGUAGCAAUAAUAAAAAUAAUAAUCUUAAUAGUAAUCUUAAUAGUAAUAAUAAUAAUAAUAUUUAUCAAGACAAAAAGAAAGUUAAUUUAUUUUCACAUGUUUAUGAACAUUUUAAUGAAAAUAAGAAAAAUUCUACAUCUAGUUUAAAGUUCUUUUAUAAAACAUAUAUGCCAGAUUAUGAAAAGAUUAUAGAAAAUGAUAAAAAAGCAGAAACAUUUGAUGUUCCACCUUAUUGCGAAUUGGCCCCUUUAAUUGUACUAACGAAAAAUUGUCAGCUGUCUACUUUUGAAAAUAUUCUUACCAAACUUUUAAAUAAUUAUUCUAAAAAUACAAAAAAUAAAGAUAAAAAUAAAAUGGAUAAGGUUUCAAAAAAUAAAAGUAAAUAA